UUCUUAGGAUUGUGAACAGGUAUAUACGUAACAAUAUUGUUCUCGGUAAGUAAAAUGAUGCGAACAAAGCGAUCAUCAUUGCGGCCGCGGUGGUGUCCGAGUCGGGGCGUACGCUUCAAGGUCGUGGUACGUUGCCGAAUUUUGGUCGUAGAAUCUGGUCAACAGAGCGAGACAGGGGUGCGCGUACGCGGUUGACUGGGAUCCGGUUUGAACUCCGAACCUGAUAGGUUAGAACGACACCGUGUCUUCCAAGGGUUGUUGAGACGCGGCAUCGGACGCCGUCCGCCAUUAGCGCGUCCCGACGCUAGUGGUCGCUGGCCGCACUGUCAUUUGCCUGUAGCGUUCCGUCCGCUCACGUUCACUCUCGCACCGUUCGGUAAUAUUGCGUGUACUGUGCCCACAGCGUCAUCGCGCAGAGCAUUGUGUUUUCUCAUCGUCUCGUUUCGACCGUUCUAACUAUUAUUAGCGGAUCAUUGUCCUCGUCACCAGUCGGCGGUCCGCGCGGUGUCGCUAGAACUACGGAAUCCUAUCGGCUUUUCCAAUCGUUUUCACGUGCUAACCACAUUGUUGCUUCUUCGGGACGACCACCUGUGUUUCGUAUCGUCGCAGCAGACAUGGCAAGCAGAAGGCCACGGCGUCGAGGUCCUCAAAAGAAUUGCACCGUAAUAGAUGAAUCAAAGAAUAUCAUUUCAAAAUCUGUAAUCAUACAUUCUUCAGUCAACCGACCAACUAGUUUGAUUCUUCCUGUGAACACUAAUUUAAACCCAGCACCAUCGAAUUGGCUAAGUAGUGCUGCUGAAUCUUAUGGCUUACAAAACAUGUCUGUUCAAUCAGGUUUUUCUAGUUUUCAAAUGGCUAAUAAAUUUAUAGACACCAUCGAUAAAGUGGAUAUUGUGUCAGACGCAGAAAAUAUCAAACAGCUAUUGAAAAUACCAUUCAGUAAAAAAUCUGUUAGUAUGAUGGUUCAUAAAGUUGGUGAUACAUUUAUCAUAGAUGAAUUUGAUGCUUCUAAACACUUGGUAGUAGAAACUCAACAAAAAAACUGGAGUUGGCUGAAAAAAUUUUUUUCAGACCACAUUUUCAAAUCUGGUCAAACGGAAAAAUUUAUAAGUCGUCAAGUGAAUUCCUUUAAUGUUAUACAAGAAAAAACUUUGAACUCAAAGUUUUUACAUUAUAGCAUUGCUGAUACACCAAAUGAUUCCAAAAAUGAUAAUUACCAACAGUCUACAACUGCAUCUGAACUAAAUCCAGUAAGUUUAGCCCAUUUAUACUAUAGAGUAGCAUAUUUAAGAGGUAGGGGAUGCUUAAGAGCUGAAACAUCUACUGUUUUAGCAAUUUCAAAUAUUUUAUCAUUACCACAACCAUUUCCUGAAGAGCAAUUUCCAGAUUAUCCUAAAGAUCAUAAUUUCAACCAAACUAUAUUAUGGACUUUUGGAGAUGUUAAAAUGAUGAUUGGUUCUGAUUUGCCAAUUUUCAAAAAUGGGACUUCUUUCCAAAGUUUGAGAUUAAAGGAUUUAUCUAAACAUUCUAAGUCAAUGAAUGAUUUACCUCUUGUCGAUUACUGGUUGGAUAAUUUGAUAUGCAAUAUCCCUGAAGUUUUAUUAUGUCAUCAUUUAGACGGAAAAGUUCAAAAAUAUGAGAAAGUAAAAACUGAAAAUUUACCAAAGUUUGAAGAUAAAUUCUUACCUAACAAUUUUGUAUACAUUGCACGCAAUUUAUUAUCAUUUUUGAAAUCAAAAGUUUCUAAGGUUGGCCAUACAUAUUGGUUGUAUAAAGGGGAAAAUGAAUCUAUGAUUACAACAUAUGAUUUGACAACUUUAUGUUUUGAACCAUCACCCCAAGACCAAAAUCUGUUUACUGUUCCAGUAGCUAUGCUGUUAUAUCGUGUUGCUAAUCACAAGUUAAAUUCUUCGAAUAGCGAAAAAAAAACCCAUGUUAUUGAAAGUUUACUAUACAAUAGUUCAAAACUUUUGAAUAAAACAAACUUCCCCAUAAUUCAUGCAGCAAUCAAUUAUAUGUUUUCCGAGCUCUACAUUCCGGGUAAAAAUGAUGAUAAUACUACCGUCAAACCAUUUUUAUCGCUCCUUAACAACGAUGAACUUGAUCAAAAUUACUACAGGCCAAUCAAUUCUAUUGACAUAUUUAAUUUAUAUAUUUUACAUAAAAUAAAUAAAUUUUAUCCACAGCCUGGAAUUUUGGAUGAACCCAAUACUGCAUACCCAUCAUCAUCUACACUUAAAGCAAAUAUUACUAAAUUUGAUCCCAAAAAUUGUUAUAGUAUUAAAUGGAAGAACAACAUUAUAAUAUGUCAAUCUGGUGGUAUUAGAAUAUGGAAAGAGAAAUUGAGAUUAUUAUUUCUUGAAAAAGCAAGUUUGUUGUGCCUGUCAUCAUGUACAAAAGAUUUUUCAUUAGAUAAGUAUGGAGCAUGUAUGAAACAUUUGCUUCUUUUAUUUGAAUGCCAAAUACAUAUUUUUGGCUCGACCACUAUUGUCAAUCCUCUAAAAGAAUAUAUCAUAGAACAAAUUGGUAAAUGUUAUUUAAGAAUUGCUAUAUCAUGGGAUAAUUCCGCAACGUAUAAAACAGAAUUUGAAUAUAUUGAAGAUCAUAAAUCAAUUAUUAUAGAUUUCUUGAAAAAUGAGUGUAAACAUUAUUCUCAUGAAGAUUUAAAAUUAAUAACAUGUAACUUUGAAUCGAAAUGUGAUAUAUUGAAAGCAGUGGAAUAUUGUUUUAAACGAUCAUUGGAAUUUACUGUAGAUAAAAGAAAAAGCAAUGAAAUCAAGAAAGAACUUUGUCUAGCUUAUAUAGAGCAUGUUACAUAUAAUAUAAACCAUUUAUUAAGUAAAUUAUAA